CGCUGCACCAACCCUUGUGUUCUUGUUGACCAGAAUGGCAGUGGAGAAGCUGAGGAGUCUUCUGAACAACUCGGCCAUCACUGCCAACCUCAAUGCACGGCCAGCGGACUCCUUCAAACUGGUCGCAGGUGUUUCCUCAGCGCUCGCAAAUAUUUCCUUAUGGAGGCCCGUAAGCUGGAGGAUGAGGAGAGGAGCAAGCCGUUGGUGUCACAAACCGUGCUGCGGAACAGAGAGACACACAAACGCACGGCAGCUUCUCUACCUCUGCUUAUUCUGAAGAAGGCGUGUAGAGGCACCCCACACAUCCACCCACAGCUGCUCAUAGGUUUGGUUCUCAAGGUUCUUAACAAACGUGAACCAUACUUGCUUGAAAAUUUUGCAGGGGAGUUUCUACUGAUUGCCCUCAAGUUUCUGCUGCGGUUCCAAUACUUUUAUGCUGAGAUGACCACAGCGAACUGGAAGGACUUGCUAAAAAUCUCCAUUUGGCUCUACGAGAAAAACAUAAACAACGCAGACCCGCAGAGUGUGUUUGGGGUGAUGGCGGGGCGUGGUGGAGCGGUGCCAGACCAGGGUGGUGCCACAGAGGGGGGCCACCACCACCCUAGAGAUCCUCAGGUGCCUCCCAGCAUUCCUUCGCAAGGCACUGCUGUCCGAGAGGCUGGCAACGCAGUUUAGUUUGAGGUCGAGUUUACUAAGGCUCUUGUUGGCUUUUGCGUCUGCGAUGGCGUGUGAGUGGAGGCAGGCGGUGAGUGCGCUGGGGGAGGAGACCUUUGAUGUGGUGCUGGGGAUGUGGGAUGACCGGCCCUCUGCCAAACAAACACACUGGCUGCAGUACAUGUUGCUGUUGGUCACCCUACACCACCCUCAGAAAGAUGGAGAGGUACGGGAGGGCAGCCAGUACAGUGCAGACACAACCAGAUGGGAGCGAUGCCUGCGCCACCUGUACCAGCUGCUCUAUGACCACCUGGCUCGUCUUGGCUCUAGGGGCCUGGCGGACACUGGUGGUAAUGGUGGUGGUGGUGGUGGUGGUGGUGGUGGCUCGGAAGUGUUGUCUCAGCCACUUCUCAGUUUGGCUGCCCGUGUUUGUUUGCAGGUCUUCGCAGGCUCCGAGACAACAGGAUUUAUAGACGUCACGCAGAUCACCUCAACAGCAAGCGCCAAUAAGCGACGCAAGAUUGAGGUUGGCUUGACACCCCUUACUGAGCUGCUGAAGAAGGAAGGAACAUUGCCACACACUCUCUCCUGGUAUCAAAUUUUGCUGACUCUUCUGACUGACCACCCCAAGUUUUUCACGGAUGCUCGUUGCUUGAUCCUGCUGCAGGCCCUCAAGCAGGUCCUCGCAGCCUGCAGUGACAAGGCGGUGCAGGAUGUGGUCAUGAGAUGUCUGAGUCACCUGGCAGCGCAGCACAGCAGAGUGGCAGCAUCACAGGGAGAGGCAAAGGCGCACGAUGGCAGUAACUUGUGGCUCUCUGUGUGGGACUUGACGCUACGGAUUGUAAGCGGUAGGCACGGUAAUUCCUCGGGCCUAUAUCUAAUGGGGACUUUAGUGUGGACAGGCCUAUGCACACCUGACUCAACUGCCUUCAUGCUGUUCCACAAGAACUACCUGGGUGUGAAUGAGGAGGCUCUUUGGACCUUGUUGGGACUGCUGACUACUGUACCUCUGCCCAGACACUUCCAGAAUGAGCUGUCUUGGAUGCAAAAAAUGGAAGAGAAUGAAGCAAGAGAUGGAUUAAUUUUCUUUGCAUUGUCUGUACCUGAGGAAGGAGUUGGUGGUGGCAGUAAGAGUGUGUUUCAAAACCUUGCCGACCCAACACUGCUGGCUAAAGUGCUGUGGUCCCUGUGUUUGAGGGAACCCUGUGCUGUGAAGAUACACCACCACCUCAACCACCAUCACCACCACCACCACUAUCACCACCACCACCAUCAUCAUCAGAGACUCUUAACCCAAGUGGAGGAGCUUUACCACCUCUCCACCUUCACCUGUGACCUCCCAGCCUCCACCCAGGUCACCCAGGUCACCGAAGAAGAUCCCUCCUCCCCCCAGCUCUGGAGGAGGAGGAGGAGGAGGAGGAGAGAAAGAGAAGAAUGUUUUAGCAGAGAAGUUAGAAGUUAUGAUUCAAGAAGUUAUUUUGUUUGCUGAGAAGGUGGAGAGAGAGAGUGCCCAUGGUGCCGAGAAGUGUCUGCAGCCCCUGGUCCACUUGGCACACCUGCUGGCACUGCUCUUUGUGGAAACUGGGGACAACAGGCUAGACAGAAAGUUUCGUCACACGCUCCGCCUCGUCACAGCCAGUCUGGAGGCAGUGUGUGUGCUGGAGGGUGUGUCACGUUGGCACACCCUCCACCCUGUCCUGGCCUCCCUUACUGCCAUGGUGGAGGGGCUCCAGGAAUCAGCAGGGGAGGUAAGCAGGGACAGAUACAAGCAGAUCCUCUCCUCCAUGCCCCCUGCCUUGCCUGCUGUCCUGCUGUCCCUGCUGGAGAAGAGAUGCGUCAGAACAACCACAGCAACAGCCAGUACCCAGAUUACAAGAGGAACUUUGAAUCAGAGUUCCUUUGACGAUUUCGACCUUGAGUUUGACGACACACUGCCCGGGCCAUCUAGUGCAGUUCAUGAAGAGAUAAUGGACUUCGAGGAUGACUCAAACCAGGCGGAUGAAGAGCAGGUGGAUGAAAACAUCGUGGUGGACGACAUCACAACACUGAGCCAGAGGGACCAGUGUGUGGUGGUGGCAGGGCGCUGGCUGGUGGCUGCUGCUGCUGCUGCCACGCCCCCUGGUGGUGGUGGUGGUGGUGGUGGCAGUGGUGGUGAUACACAGCACACAUUUCUGCACAAGGCUGUAGAUGUGGUGCUGCAGAUGUCGCUGCGUUCUGCUGCAGAGAUGUGUGAUGUGGCUGUGCUGCUGGCGUUCGUACAAUCACUGUUCGUGGCAGACUACAGCGAGGACAACAUUCUGGAUGGCCUGGAGGUGAUCAGCAACAUAGCCAAGGUGCAUUGUGGGGUGACUCAGGUGGCCAGGUGCUCCCUUCAUUACCUGGCAGACCUGAUUUGUAAACAUGGGUGCAGCCUCUCCCCAGACAUCCGUACAAGCAUUCUCACCCUUGUCAAGGCCUUUGCCAUCAAACACCAACAAGGAAACUAUGACAAAAGUGUUACCAGGAAAAUAUUUGACGUGAAUAUGGAACUGACAAAAGUCGACCCCAAACGCACCUGGUCACACUACGAGAUUCCAGAUCACGACAGGUGUGGCAAGAUUGUUGACCUUUUAAACAGCAAGACCAAUGAGCUGAGACUCCGAGCUGCCGUGUCUGUCCGCAUCCUUGUUAUUGGCGGUGGUGACAGUGGUGGUGGCGACGGUGGUGGUGUGAUAGAUGCACAACACCAGGACAGAGUGUUUGAGGAGGUGUACCAGAUUGUGCUGGAGUCUUUAAAUGUGUCGGACUCACCCAAUGAAGACUUGCUGCCAGAUGAGAGGAGGAAUCGGUGUGCAAGUUUCCUGCUAAGUCUGGGGUGUUUGGCGGCCUCCUCGCCCUACCUAGAGAGCAAGGCACUGUUUGCUCUCUGCUUGUCUGUCCCUGUGUACAAGAUUGAGGCUCCCCUUCUGUUGCAGCUGUUGACUUGCAUCAGCAAAGCCAAGCGCACCUCCCCACAGCAGCUUCUGGCCUCUAACCUCCAGUACCUCACCUCCCAAUGGCUCCAGCACCGUCACAGCAUCACAGCCUUUCCCAGCACAGCAUUUGGCUACAAAACUGCAGGUGCUUUCCUUGCAGAACACCGCAGUGCCCUCUUGCCGGUGCUGCUGGAGUGCGAUGCCAAGGAGGGGAUAGAGGAGCUGGCCGAGGGGUGUGAAGGCGGUGUUAAGGGCCUCUUCAAGGAUGCUUUUCCCUUCCUGAUGGCGCGAGUUUUUCCUUAUAUUGCAGCUGAGGGUGUGGCGGCCGAGGGAAUGCGUCUGGGGGAGGCGAAGAUCCAAGCAGGCAGGCGACAAUACAAGCAAAUAGAACGCACGUUUGGAACCGAAGUGUUUACAAACAUGCUGACAACACACAUAGGUGACAUUACUCUCCACCUCCUCCGUUUGGCCCACGACCCUCAGCCCUGGGUGGAGGGGGAGGUGGUGGUGCCCCCGCCUCCCCCUUCCUUCCCCCCAGAGGUCAUUCAAGCCACCAUGAAGUUCAUUGGAGGUAUUUUCAGAAAGGAUGGGCAGCUGGUGGCAGUGGUGUGGGGGCGGCGGGAGCUGCAUGGUGUAGUGCAGGGCGUGGUGCAGGGUGUGGGCCGCAGCACCUCCCCCGAGGCAGCACGGCGGGCCAUCACAGCCACUGCCACACUGGUGGAGGCUGCCCUGCCCCUGCUGGCCGCACAGCUGGCUGGGGCGGCGCACUACCUGCUGCGCAUGCUGCUGCAUCUGCUGACGGCCCACCUGGAGCCCCUGAGCUGCCUGGGGCCCCACCUGGUCCACCGCUGCCUGGCCCUGCUACACCGUGUGGUGACCACUGCGUUGAACGUCCUUCCUGGCCAUCUGGCGCCGGCCGUCCCUGUGCUGUUUGGCCGCCUGCUGCCAUUGCUGACCCAGCCUAGGGCCGUGGGGGUGGCAGGGGCGGCCGGCGUGCUGGAGCUGCUGCUAGACUGUGAAGAUGUUGAGGUGCGGGCUGCCCUGGCUGCCCUGCCGGCCAUGCCUAGCCCACCACACUGCCCCGCCCUGGCUGCCCUGAGGGAGCAGCACCAUAGAGUGGUUGCCGCCUGUCGGGGCCGCCCGGACCUAUGUGACGAGGUGGACAACUUCCUGGCCACACCACCCCAGGCUGUGGCCACCCACCACCUGGCCCACAUGGCCAGCCUGCUGCAGAACACCCGGGACCAGGUGGCUGAGCUGUUUGGUGGGACGGGGCCGGGACGGGAGAGUCGCGGCCACCGCCUGGCCCAUCGCCUGGUGAGCCUGGCAGCCAGCAAGGUCGGGGCAGUGGCCCAGGAGGCGUGUCGCUGCCUGGGGGAGCUGGGGCCACUGAGUCUGGCCACACCUGUGUUCCUGGUCAGUGAGGGAGAGGUGGCCCUGGCCCUGAGGGAGGGUGAGGUGGACCUGGGGUAUGUGGGCCGUCUGCUGCUGGCCCUGCAUGGCUACCUGGCCUGCGGGGAGGUUGAGGUGGAGGAGGCGGCUGCCCAGGCCCUGCAGGGUGUGCUGGCAACCCAGCAGGGCCAGGCAGCACUGCAGGAGCUGCCCCCAACUGCCAGGGAGGAGCUGCGGCCCCUGCUGCCCGAGGGCCGGUCCAGGGCAGGGGUUGGGGCUGGCGGUGGGGUGGAUGGGAUGGCCUACCAGCAGAUAGUUGGGGCAGAGGGGGUGUGGGAGGUGGGGGAGGGGGGGUAUGAGGCCUGGGUGUGUGGCCUGGCCCGCUGCCUCAUCACGGCCGGCUGCGGCACAGAGGUGGCACCACCACUGCUGCCGCUGUGUGCCCUUCGGCCAGAGUUCAGUGCGCUGGCCCUGCCACUGCUGGUGCACUCGGCCCUGGCCACGGACCCUGGCGGCCGCAGGGACGUGCUGUCCCGCCAGAUGUCGGCCUUCUUCACCCGGCACAGCCAGGAUGUGGGGGGGAGGGCUGGCCGGGCAGCGGUGCAGGCCGGCCUAGCUGUUGUGGAGCACCUCAGGCUGCAGCAGCUGCCGCCAAUGGGCCGCCACGGCCGCCGCAUCGCCACACCCUUCGACACCAACCAGUGGCUGGCCCUCAACUACCUGCAGGUGGCUGGUGCAGCACACCACUGUGGCGCACACUUCUCAGCACUGCUGUACCUGCAGCUGCACCACGAGCAGAUGGUGCGCGACUCUUCCCCAGAGCAUGGCACAGCAGCCAUCACACGCCGCCUGCAGGGGCCGCCCUGUGGCCAGGUGGCAGGGCACGCCGAGGCAGCGGCGGCAGGGCAACUACUGCUGCAGGUUUGCAGGACGCUGGGGGAUGGGGCGGGCGUGCAGGGCUGCAUCGCCGCAGGUGUGGUACAGGACACGCCCGCCAGGCUGGCCCUUUGCCACCACCGCGGGGACUGGCUGGCCGCCCUGGCCCUGUGUGACGCCGCGCACCACCGCGCUGGCCUGCACCACACCCUGGCUGCCCUGGGCCUGCACCACACCUUGGGGACUCUGCUAACCUCCAGGGCCGCCCCUCAUGGCCCGAUGGAUCCCAGUGAGGGCAGGCAGGCACGCUGGGAGGCAGCAUGGAGGCUGUGCCGCUGGGAGGAGGAUGGGGCAGCAGGCCGGGGCGGGGUGGGGGAGGAGGGCCGGCCACACAGACACAUCUUUGAGGCGCUGCGCUGCCUGCACUACCACGACCUGCCUGCCCUGCACCACCACACCACCGCAGCACGCACUGCCAUCACCACCACACUCAGUCUGAGCCGGGCAGAGAGCACCAGCCUCAUGUACCCAAUCCUGACACACCUGCAAGUCCUGAACGAAAUUGAGGACGCGGCGAGGUGUGUGGGUGACUUGAGCUGCCCUGGGUCAAAUGGACACUCCCUGCUUGACCUGGAGGAGGCAUGGAGGGGCAAGGAGGACAUGGGCACAGUGGGGUACAAACACAAGGAGGAGGUGAUGGCAGCGAGGGUGUCUGUGCUGAAGGCCCUGACUGGUGUGUGUGAGGACGGCAGGAAGCAGGAGGUGGAGGGGUUGCUGCAUCGGACCUUGCUGGCCAAAAGCAAGCUGGCCAGGGAGUCAGGGGACAGGGCCCGGGGCGUGGUGGCCUCCGAGGCGGCCGUCCUGUGGGCCUCCCAGCUGGCCGUGCCCCCCAAGCUGGCCAACCUGACAAGACUGGAGGAGGCAGAAGUGGCCAGGGCUGCAGGGGAUGUGCAGAGGGCCAGGCACACCCUCACUGGCCUGCUGAGGGAUAUGGAGGGGCAGGAGGGGUUGGGGCAGCAGAAGGUGUUAAGCCAGGCCCUCACUUUCCUUGGAGAGUUGCUGAUGGAGGCAAGAAGUCUGCCACCGCGUACUAUUAUAGAGGAAUACUUCAACCGCGCCACUGCCACACUGCUCCACCACGACACAGACAAGGAAAGCCAGGACAUCUUAGAGACAAGCCACCAACACCUGGCCCAGUACGCAGACCAGCUGUACCAACAAGUGCACAGUCAUUUGGAGAGUGAUGCGAGCCAGGCCAAACGUACCACCAUCCAGCGAUCCAGGGCAGAGCUGCAGAGACUGGACAACUUGGUCAAGGGGUGCCGGGAGAAGACAGCUGACUGGAAUGAGCUGAAAAAAAAGAUGGUGCUGCUACAGAGGAACAUCAACAUUGACGUGGAGUUCCUGAGUGAGCUGGAGAGGGAGGAGCAGACCUACCUGCUGACAGCACUGAAGGCACACCUCACCUGCCUGGCCAUGACCUCCACGCACCACCUCCUCACCUAUCGAGUCGUGGCACUGUGGCUGCAGAACUGUGCCAAGGAGGAGGUCAAUGCUAUGAUGUCUGAGCAUGGGUGUCAGGUGAAGAGCCAUCAUUUUGUCCCCCUCCUGUACCAGCUGGUGGCCCGCCUGUCUACCCACAAUGCACACCUGCCCCUCAGCUUCCCCUCUGUUCUCUCCCAGCUCCUGUUGCGUGUGUGCGGCGACCACCCCCACCACACCCUGCCAGUGAUCUACGCGCUCGCACAUGCCCACGCUGAUGAUCAGUUCCAGACGACGGGGCGCAGGAAGGAGCCCCAAGUCACAGAGGAGGACAGGGUGCAGGCGGCCAAACAGCUGGUGGAUAGGUUGAAGAGGAUCCCGACAUUAAGAGAUCAUGUUGUAGAGUUUGAAACGAUCUCACUGGCUUACUUGUCAUUGGCUAACUGGUGUGGCUCGUUGGCUCGACCCCAGACUGGCGACAAGAUUGAAAUCCCCAGCAACCAGCCUCUCCGAAACCUUCCAGCCAUCCGCCACACAGCUUCCCUGACGCAGCCCCUCCCCCUGCAGCCCUCCGCCCAGUACAGCCCACCUCUGCUGCAGGACUGGGAGGGGGCUGGCAUGUGUGUGGGGGGGAUUAACGCACCAAUACGUCUGACUGCACGAACGUCUGAUGGGGCCAAGAACUUUGAGCUGCUAAAAGGAAGGGAUGAUGUGAGACAAGAUGCUGUGAUGGAACAGGUAUUCGGCAUUGUGAACGAGCUCCUAACAAGGUCAGCAGAGACAAGAGACUGCGGGCUAUCAAUGCGUACGUAUCAGGUCGUCCCCUUAAGCCAGCGGAGUGGGCUAAUCCAGUGGUGCAAAAAUACCCAGGCAUUUGGCAGGUACCUUAUAGGAGCUGACAAGAAAACGGGUGCUCACAAGACUUACUUCCCUAAAGAUUACAGCGCAAGAACCUGCCUGGAGAAGAUGAAGAACGUGAAAGGAAGCAGUGCCGAUGAAAAGCUGAGGGUGUUUGUGGACAUCUUAGAGCACUUCCACCCAGUAUUCCAGCACUUCUUCCUGGAGCAGUACCGGUCGCCCCACACCUGGCUGCAGCGCCGUCUUGCCUACACUAAGUCAGUUGCCACCAGCUCCAUCAUUGGCUACAUCGUUGGGCUGGGAGACAGACACCCGGAGAACAUUCUGCUGGACAAGACCACGGCCGAACUUAUCCACAUCGAUCUGGGCAUUGCUUUCGAACUGGGGAAAGUCUUGCCCACUCCAGAGACGGUGCCCUUUAGAAUGACACAGGACAUGGUGGCAGGGCUGGGGGUGCUAGGAAUCGAGGGCCCUCUGAGAGGAUGGUGUGAGGCGACCCUGAGAGUGCUAAGGGCCAGUGGGGAAGUGCUGGUGACCCUGGUGGAGGUGCUGCGACACGACCCCCUGCACCAGUGGACCCUCACCCCCCACCAGGCCGCCAAAUUGCAGGAGGAGGAGGACCAGGGGGAGGACCAGGGGAUAGGCUGCGAGAACUCUGUAUCCAUGGCAGAGAGAGUGGUACUGAAGGUGAAGCAGAAGCUGGUGGGAAUGGAAGAAGGUUUCCCCUCCUCCGUGCCAGACCAGGUGACGCGACUCCUACAGGACGCCACCAGCCCUUCCAACCUGUGCAGGCUCUUUGCGGGCUGGCAGCCAUACGUGUAGAGAGAGAGAGAGAGGGGGGGAGGUAGACUAGGUGUUGGAGAGAGAGAGAAAGAGAGAGAGAGAGAGAGAGAGUGAGUGAGUGUGUCUGCGUGUGAGUGUGUCGUAAGGAAUAACCAAGGAGUCUCUCUCUCUCUCUCUCACACACACACACUGGAGUGACUUACAAGGCAAUACAAGUGACACCAUCUUCUUAUAUAUUUAUUUGUACUGUUGUUGUUACUUUGUUCAUUGUUUCACUUCAGCUCGUAAAGAACCCAAUACAUUUUUGUACUGAAAAGAA